AUGUCACAACAUCUGCAAAACUACUCUUUUUUCAACGUAACCUUAGAUUUGAUGUCCAUGAAUGAUACAGCUGUAGAGAAAGACGACCUUUACGAUGUGCCCCCUUUAAUAAUUGCCCUGUUGUCGUGCUGUUACGGAUUGAUUUCAUUGACUGCCAUUGUAGGAAACUUCUGUGUACUUCUCAUAGUUGGAACCAGUCGUCGGAUGAGAACAGUGACCAACUAUUUCAUCGCCAACUUAGCAGUUGCUGACAUAAUAAUCGGCUUAUUUUCGAUACCGUUCCAAUUCCAAGCGGCUUUGCUCCAGAGAUGGGUCUUACCUCCGUUCAUGUGUGCCUUCUGUCCUUUCUUUCAAGUACUAUCUGUGAACGUGAGCAUAAUCACCCUGUCAGCAAUAGCUCUGGAUCGAUAUCGGGCUGUUAUGUAUCCCCUGAAAGCAAAGACAUCGAAAAUGAGUGCCAAGGUGAUCAUACUUGCAAUUUGGUUCUUCAGUGCCACUACCAGUAUCCCAUACGCUGUGGCUUUGCGAGUGACAUUGGUGUAUGAUCCACUGACGGGGAAUCAUACGAGGCCGUUUUGUCAUAACGUACAACUUAGUCCGUUCGUGUGGAAAGUGUACAAUCACAUUCUGGUAACUCUUCAGUACUUCUUGCCAUUGUGCUUGAUCACGAUGGUGUAUAUAACUAUUGGUAUAAAGCUGAGGGAUACCAAGACGCCUGGGAAUACUCAAAGUGACAGAGAUGCCAACAUACUAAAAAACAGAAAGAAGGUUAUAAAGAUGUUGUUCAUCGUCGUCCUUCUGUUUGCUCUAUGCUGGCUUCCUUUUCAAAUGUACAAUAUCUUGCAAGAAAUUUUCCCCGAAAUAAACAGUUACAGGUACAUUAACGUUAUUUGGUUCUUCUGCCACUGGCUAGCAAUGAGCAACUCAUGUUACAAUCCCUUUAUUUAUGCCAUUUAUAAUGAACGCUUCAAUACCGAAUUCAAAAAUAAGUUCCGUUGCUGUCUGUCGCCAUUUCGACAAGGACCCGAAGAUGGGAAGGCCUUGGACACAUCGUUAUCUUCUAGGUAUGGGUGA